UUCUGCUACAGAAUCCAGGGUUCUUGUUCAUAUCACUGUCACCAGAUGCCCUCAACUGGGACUGACACAUGGGCAUUUGCCGAGCACUUGGAAACUGUUUCUUCAAGUGUUAUUCCUGAAAAAAAUGUUAGAGGAGGAGGAGUGGAAAAGCGCCAAUCCUCCCUGGGCUUUAAUAGAAAAGCCCAGGCAAUGAGAGUGCCUCUUCUUUAACAGAGGAGCCCAGGGACUGGCAGGGAAGAGGGUGCCCCUACUUUCCACCUUCUGCCAGGUAUAUUUCUGGACUGACCUACAUCUUCCUCCUUGGUUUUAGGACUACAGCCCAAGGUAAAUAUUGUGAAGAAAGUUCCAGUGUUGAGGGAUGAGACCUUCAUUUUGACAGAAGGUAUUGCAAUACUUCUGUAUCUGAGCCGCAAGUACAACACCCCAGACCACUGGUACCCAUCUGACCUAAAGAAAAGGGCAAAGGUGGACGAAUAUCUCUCAUGGCACCAGAGCAACAUUCGGGCCAAUGCUCCAAAGACCAUGUGGAUCAAGGUGCUCAUUCCUCUCUUCACGGGCCAACCACUUCCUCCGGAAAAACUGCAGGAGGUCAUGGAGGGCCUAGCCACUUCUCUGAAGCAGCUCGAGGAAUUGUUCCUUCAGGACAAACCCUUCCUUGUGGGCAACGAGGUCUCACUUGCAGAUCUGGUGGCCAUUGUAGAGCUCAUGCAGCCAGUUGGUGUUGGAUGUGACAUCUUUAAGGAUAGACCCAAACUAGCGGAGUGGCACAGCAGAGUGGAGGAAGCUAUUGGGAAGGAGCUCUUCCUACAAGCACAUGAGUUGAUCCUGAAUAUUAGACAGUUGAGCACAAUCCAGAUUGAUCCACAGCUGAAAGAGCAGCUGGGGCCAAUGCUGCUGAAGAUGCUGAAAUGAAUGAAUAAAAGACGUACACAGUGUU